GCUACUAGUAGAGGAGGCCAAGCACUUCCCAAACACCACGCACUUCACGAACAGCUGUGGUUAUCACCACAACUCCUAUACAAUAUGUUCCUUACCCAAACACCAAUAUUCUUUAUAAAGGUUACAUAACAUAAAGUAAGUAUAUGGCCUCCUCGACCACUAAACAAGGUUUCAGCAGAAAUCCAGCAACUUUCCCUUUCUGAUGCUCUAUCCAAGGUUAUACUCCACGGGGUCAGUCCCACUCCAUUUAUUCACUAAUGCACAAUUUCACACACACUUACGAGGCAUUCUUCCCUCUCCCCCUUGGUCUCCACCUCCCCAAUUGCAUCUGACCUGCCGCACACAAUGGAGUCCCUCCCACCAGAGUUGUUCGAUGCGAUUGCAACGUGCCUGGCAUACCUGGAUCUAUGUGCCCUGCGACUGACAUACAAGGCUCUAUAUCGCGCCACCUUGCCCGUCUUUGCCUGCCAAUAUUUCCAGCGCAUCCACAGUCUUGUCACGCCGGAGAGAAUGGCCCCCCAGGUUCACUUCUCCCGCCUGAUGAGGCUGCACCCGCACUGGGUCGAAGUCACCCUAUCCGACCUUGCGCUUUCUCUGCGCAGUGCCGCCCCAAGUCUGCGCGUGGUGACCCUGGUGGCACUCAAUCUCAAGGAGAAUCUCCCCGACAGCUCCGAACGCUUCAGGGCCCCUCACGGCCAUUUGGCGGAACUUCCGCAACAUUCUUGAAACUACCAUCCCCUCGAUCCACGUCUUCGCCAUGACGCGCAUUGCCUGCCGUCGCCACCAACUCUGCUUCACCAAGUCUUGCCGGAAGGGUC